AGUGAUGUUAAAACGAAGCGCGGGCGUUUUCAAAUUGUAGACAGGCCCGGGGGCAGGCCUUCUACGUCGAGCGCCUCUUGAUAUGUUGCGCGCGGUUUUUUGGCGUUUACGAUUCCGUCGCAAAUCACCAAGGCCAUGCGCAUGCGUGUGGUUCUCACCUCUUUCAAAAAUGAGGCAUGGCAAAAUUUUGAAUUUUCCCCCUUUCCUGUGUUUUUCCCCUUGGUAUAGGACUAAAGCGCUAGAGGCGUUUUUUCGUCUUCGCAACCUUCAUCUACAGAGGCAGCUACAUCCUGUUCCUGACCUGCCUGUUGGACUUGGAAAAAGAUCAGAGAAGGAUAUAAAUACUACGCAAAUCAAAUCAGUCAGGACGAGAAGAGCUGCA